CUGAGGUGACCAGAGAACAGCUUGUCAAACAAUCGCGGCAAGAAUGGCUCGGCCAAUUCACGGAUCCGAAGAUGAACUGACAUUCUGGGCGAGGGUUAUGAACAAAGAUACACUGCAGAUCAGCUGCCGCUGCGAGCCAAAGGAGGCGAUCAACCUCGACGAAGAUGUCUCGAUCGAUGUCGAUCCAGAUUUGGUAUAUGUCCACCGCAUCCUAGCAAUCCAACUAUCUCACCAUUUCAAACGAUGCGUUGGGGAUUUCCCGGACGAGAAUGAAGAUAUUGAGCCAUUUGAAAUAUCUGAAAAGACUGAGCCGAACUUUGCUCAGUGGGCUCGGAACGCUCAACUUCGUCACUUGAUGACAUGCUUCGGUGCUUGGGUUUAUGCUCGUACACUACCGCAUGAAACCACCCAACUCGUCGACUUGUGGCGAUUUGGUCAGAUUAUCGGCUCUCCCUCGUUCAUGAACGCAGUCAUUAUUCAAUUAAGCGCCAAUAUUGAAGUGUACUUCUCCAGCGGUGAUACCAUUUCAAAGGUGAUCACUGCCGACAACGUUAGGCGUUGCUGGGAAACAUCAAACUUCGUGCGAGAGAAUAAAGAGGCUGUAUGUAUGGAGGUUAACUGGGACAAUAAGAAGAUGCUGAAGUUUUUUAUCGAUGUCUUCGCCCACAAGGCACUCCAUGUAAAGAACUUCUUCGAUGAGAAUGAAGAUCUGAAGCUGCUAGUCACUGGACGGGACCAACUGGCACUCCAGGUUUUGAGAGCAAUUGGAGCAAGGGGACAACUGGAUGAGGCGCCUUGGCAGUAUAUUGGCAUUAAGCAAUACUUGGUCAAUGAGGACAUGUCGGAGAGCAGAUUCGAGAGUGAUUGCAGAUGGGAGACUGAUGCGGGAAACUAACUUUGAGAUGUUUCUACAUAUCUUCGAGGGUUUGGAGGAGUAUGACAACUCUGACUCGGUUUCUCUCUGUGUAGAUUGUUGUCUAGGAAGUCGUUGGCAAUGCAGAUAGG